UGAGGGAAUUCGAAUUAAAUGUUAUCAUCACGGCAGCUGGUAAAAGUUACCAUAACAGCUUGUUUCGUUAAUAUUAAGCAAAAAAAAACAUCGAUUUGUUAAACGACCUGUGACUGGGGAAAUCCAUCAGAGACUGCUCCACAGCGCCGUGAGACGGCUGAGCAGGAGGAGCCCCGCUGUGUGUUGGAGAGCAGUGAUGUGUAAGCGAACUGAUGCUGGACCUGAAGGCACCAUAGUUCAGAUUUUUUCCGGAUAUUAAACACAUUAACGCUUUUCAGUCGAGUGAAUCGAUAGCAGAUAAGGUUGCGACUUUUCUGACGGACAUGAACGCGCUUUUUGACAGCAUUCACAACUUCAUCCUCCCGUUACUGCGAGGAGAGGAUGGAGUCUGUGCCUGCACAUGUGGACGGCAUCAAGACUAUCAUGUCAUUCCAUAUGAGGAGGAUCAGUCCGUGGUGGAUUUCAGAGAAAACUCAGUUUUGGGAGACGUCAUGACCCGGCAGGAGGUGAACAUGCUAACUGGACUGGUUUUGGGUUUCUGCAUCAACUUUUUCCUACAGUGGCUGGAUAGGAUGUGGCUCUCAGGGCUCAAACACUGGAGGCUAUAUCAAACAAAUGAUGUGGGUUUCUGGUCGUGGGUGCCUAAAUUCAGAAACACAAGAAAAAAAGUCACGCUCUUAGAUCCAAACCACACGGAGGACUCCAGGAGGAACACGCUGCAGGAGCACACUGCACAUCAGUCAAGUUACCUACCAUAAUUGUUAUGACACAGAUUAAAAUUUGGAUAAAAUUCAGAAC